CUGAAAAGUAAAUUAUUUGAAAUCCCGCUCUGAAUUUUUACAAUGGCGCCAAAGAGAGCAUCGCCGAUGCAGUCUUCUCUGUACUCUAUCGGUGAUUACGAGGUUGCAGUGGAUGGUAAGAAUUUCACCUGUGAAUCUGGACCCAAAAGCAUUCAAAUUAAAUUUCCCAGAAACUACAGAGUAAAAAUCUCAGAGAAGGAUAAAAUCGUUUCUGAUUAUCCGAAAGAAGACAUGUUUCUUCUUCUUAAUCCUCGGGAUGAAGAUGAUUUUACCAAAUCUCAUCUCCAAGAAGUUUUGAAGUUAUAUAGCAAAGAGUUACCUGACAUGAGAUAUGCUUCAAACACUGGGAAGCAAUCUGCAUUUCUUGAGAGAUGUGUCUCUAAAGGAAAGUAUUGUUCAUUGGUUUUGAAGUCCACGCUUGGUGGAGACUCAGAUGAGAUCUUAGCUGCAAUCACUUAUCAAAUAGUCCCUGCUGAUACACAGUAUGCUGAGAUACCUCUUGCUGCUGUAACAUAUACACACCAGAAAAAGGGAUUUGGUAAGCUCGUCUAUGAAGAAUUAAUGAAGAGGCUUCAUAGUGUUGGCAUUCGAACUAUAUAUUGUUGGGCAGACAAAGAAUCUGAAGGAUUCUGGCUUAAACAGGGGUUUAUAAAAUUAGCAGAGGUAGACCACAAAGGAAAAGCAAAGGGGUUGCACAUUAAGUCUAAUAUUCGAAAAGCCUUGUGUUUUCCUGGCGGUUCAACUCUCAUGCUUUCUCAUCUGAACAAGGAAUUUAUUUCAAACCUUGAGAUUUCCUCUUCAUGGAAAUAUCAGUGUGAGGGAUCUCCACUCUCGGCAAGAAAUAAUAGCACAGGUCCUGUGACUGGAGAUUCAGUUAAACUGAGAGAGAGCUUUGGUGAAAGCGUAUAUCUUGACUGUAUCUCUGGUAUCAGAAGUCCAAUGGACUCGAUCACAGGAAAGGAAAACAACAACGUGAUCUCUGAUCAAGCUACCACAGCUGACAGUGAGACCAAAUGUUCAACACCAGGCUUAAAGAGAUCUUGGGAAGCUUCAUUGUCCUCUCUACAAUCUAAAAGGAUUCGGGCAAACAACAAUAAUAACUCUGAGAUAGCAAAAACAGAUUUGGCUCAGAGCUCUGCAAAGCAAUCGAAAGAUGGUAAUUCCUCCCAAGUAGAUAUAACCAAGGAUUCCCUGCCCACAAUCUGCAAAAGAAACGACGUUGAACAAUGUAGAAUGGCAACUGGGAUAGACAUGGAAGCUCGUCCAAAUGGACAACACUAUAGAAUCUUGUUGAUGGACAUUUGUGAUGAAAACAAGAGAGCUUGGUUAACAGAGGUAAUAAGAAAACUUGGUGGUACUGUGACCUUGGAUGGCACAACGAGCACGCAUAUUGUCACCGGAAAAGUCAGGAAAACUCUGAAUCUCUGCACUGCUCUUUGCUCUGGGGCGUGGAUAGUAUCACCAAGUUGGUUAAAAGAAAGUGUCCGAGAAGGAAGAUUUGCUAAUGAAGCUUCACACAUACUGCAUGACGAAGACUACCAGUUGAAAUAUGAUACUGAUCUAAAAAGCACAGUUCUUAGAGCAAAAGCUAGACCAAACUCGUUGCUAAAAGGAUAUGACAUAUGCGUUGGACCUAACAUUGAACUGCCUAUCAAAACUUCAUCUGCUAUCAUCAAAUCUGCUGGUGGAAAUGUGAUAAGUGGAGUGAAUAAGGUAAAGGAGGCGUCAAAAGCGAUAUACAUAGGGUGCGAAGAAGACACAGUAGGGGCAUUAUUUGCAGCAAAGAAAGGAAUUUGGACAUUCAGCAGCGAAUGGUUCAUGAACUGUGUCAUGAAGCAACAACUUGAUCUUCAAGUUCCUCAGUUUGUUGAGUCCUUAUGAUGAUGACUCGAACUCGAAACCUCCUAUGAUCUUUAGCUUGGAAAAUCUCACUUAUUAUCUUUUUAUGUUUAGAGACAUUGUCGGAAGUUGAAUGGAUAGGCUAAGAAGCAAACUCAAGUCGCCGGUCUAUUUAUGUAUAAAAAUAAAAAUGUGUUACUUGAAGGUUGGUUUAAGUUACAUUUAAAAGUUUGAG